ACCCACGUCUUAUGUAUCAACGCGCGAACACGCAAUAAUAUUACGUCCUCAGAGGAACUGUUAGUGCUGCUGCUAGAUAGCGGCGCACAACACAGCUUCAUAAAAGAGGCUACUGCGUCGAGACUGGGACUUCCGUUUGAAGAUUCUCAGCCACUCACUACGCGAAGCUUCGGAGGUCAUCUGACAACUGAAGUUUCAUCUCGUGUUUCUCUAGUCUUACGAGACCAUGCGGGUAUACCUGUUAAACUCGCGGUGAGAACUCGUAAGAUUACUACGUCAAUUCAUGCCGGAACUCAUAUCUCUCAAGAUACGAUCCGGUUAUUACGUUCCUCGUGCAACCAUAGCGAUCUCGUCACCGAUGGAGAUAUCGACAUAGAUGUCCUCAUUGGGAUGGAUCACUAUUGGAGAAUCGUCGACACGACGAGAGCACGAAGAUUACCGUCAGGACUCAUGAUCGUGUACACACGAUUUGGACCAGUAGUAUCCGGUUCGAAACAUUCCAGUUCUGCACAUGUCUCAACAAUUUUUCCAUAUCUUACCACCUCAGAGACAGAAGCAGUCCAGGAACGUUCCGAUCCAGAUAUUACCCAACUCUGGGAUCUCGAAUUUAUCGGGAUCACAGACAGCAUGAGCCCACGUCAAGACGACCAGGUUAACGCCGAAGUCGUCCAACGCUAUUACGAUACCGUUCAGAUUGAAGGUUACACCUGUACCUUACCCCGGUUCAUCAUUUACACCGAUGAACAGGCUGAACACGAACUUUUGCUAUUCGCGGACGCAUCCCAGCGGAUGUAUUCCGUCGUAGCAUACUUACUGAGCAGAGCUCCUAAUGUAUAUACACAAUCUCACCUCCUCAUGGCAAAGACGAGGUUGGCACCGGUCAAAGAGACCACCAUACCCCGUCUUGAGCUGAUGGCCUGCGAUACAGCAGUAUCGCUAGCUCAGUUCUUGCUUAAGGAGUUAAAGAUUGUGAUUCGUGCAGUUUCGACCAGCAUUUCAACGGAAACUCAUUGUUCAGUGUUACCAUUUCGAAGGACAAACGAUCAUCGUAAAUUAAUCCGUUAUUCAGCAUUGGUACUCAAGUUUCUUCGGAAACGAGUAUAUGAUCGCGUUUCAAUCCGACAUCAAACUCGGCUCCAGCAGACGCUCUCACUCGAGUGCAUAUCUGCGGAGAACGAGAUCGGAGGUGACGACGUCAGAGCAGUUGAACUCAUGCUUCUCCGUGAACAUCAGCGAGAGAGCACAGUUCAGUUGCGCUUACGUCCAAUUAGCAACAAAGUCACCUACAAGGAUUCUAACGGGAUCAUACGAGUAGCCACUAGGAUGCAGAAUGCUGAAAUAGUACGUAAGGCCAAGAAUCCCAUUCUUCUUGCGCCACGUCAUCCACUGACAGCGAUGAUUAUCAAUAGAUGUCAUCGUGCCUUAUUCCACAUUGGAGUAGGACAAUUAGUCAGUGUAUUACGUCAGAAAUACUUCAUACCGAGAAUUCGUACCACUGUUCAUUCGACCGUUCAACGUAAUACGUUAGAUAUUCGCGCCUUCGAGACUCUACUUUUAGAGAUCGAAGCAACGCUGAAUACGAGGCCAUUGACUACAGUUCAUAGGGAAACAACAGGAGAAGUACUUACUUUGAGGCCAAUAGACCUCAUUAGCCCACAUUACCAUCUUGGGCAUUUCCUGUCCCCGACGAACGAACGUCAAUCGGACUUCCAAUACUACGUGCCGAGUGAUUCAGAGACUAAACAGUCCCUGAAAGCUCAGCACGAAGAAUUGCUUACUACGUUAGAUUAUUUCUGGUCAGUAUGGCGAAAAGACUAUCUUCAAGCGCUGGCAGAACGCACCCAAAGCGCGCCCAAACGCGCGCGAGGGUCCCGUUCAUGGCCCAAUCUUGGAGAAGUAGUGCUCAUCGCACAGGAGAACAUUCCUCGUGUGAUGUGGCCUUUAGCCAUCAUCACCAGAUUGAAUACGUCAAGGGACGGAGCAAUUCGGUCUGUACAAGUCAAGACAGGGAAAAGUUCCUUUACAGAUCGGCCCGUCAACCAACUUAUUCCGUUAGAACUUCACGCUACUACGUUCGACCAGGAAACAGAUGGGAUCCCGCCGAAGAAGUCCAGGAGGUCAUCAACUCCUGCGACACAACCGACGAGGACCCAACCACCACGUGCUGCGAAGAGGACACAAUCACGA